AUGAUCCGCAUCGCCAUGGAUGGCCUUUUGGCGCGCACAGCGGUCCAAGCGCACCUCAUCGGCUGCAGGGUCGCGGCCUGGCGGCCCCACCGCCGCCGCCGCCCUGCCGCCGCGCCGCCGUCGCGGCUGUGCUGCCGCGCGGCGCACGCGGCCCGCGAGCAGCUGACCCUGGUGGCCGCCCGGCUCAGCACGGUGCGCUGCCGUGAGCUGCUGGCGGCCACGGUCUCGGAGCUCAUCAAGGCGGCGCUUGUGGGCAGCGCCGCGGCGGCAGCAGCCACCGCGCCUGCCGCCGACACCCCACCAGCCCCUGCCAGCAGCAGCAGCAGCAGCGCAGCCAAGGCCACCCCGGAGGCGCUGCUAGAGGCUCUGCACGCCACGGUGCAGGCCUCUCUGCAGGAUGCGGCCCACCAGAUUGCGCCGGAGCACCAGGAGGCGUGGGGGGAGGCUCAGUGGGAAGUGUUCCAAGAGGCGCACUCGUCGGUGCACCGCCUGCUGCUGGGACUGCACAGCCAGGCGGCGGACGCAGGCAGCGGCGGCGGCGCGCUGCAGGUGGCUCGCUGCCUGGAGCACGGCUUGCUGGUGCCGCGGGACGGCGCCGCCGCCUUUCGGCAGUACCGCGCCGCCGCCGCGCUGAGCAGCGCCGAGGGCAGCCUGCGCUGCGGCAUCCACUUCUUCGAGGGUACCGCCCCGGGAGGGCGGGAUGGGGCACAGGCAUACGACUGCCUCUCCCAGGCUCUGGAUCUAGCUGAGGCCGAGCUGGCCGCGGCCGCCACCGGCGCCCCCGGCACCAGCCAGCCAGCCAGCGGCGGCGCCGGCGGCGGCGGCACCGGCGCCGCUGCGGGGGCAGAUCGAGAGGAGGGGGAGGGGCAGGGAGGGCUGCUGCCGCCGCUGGCCGCCCCGCCAGCCGAGCUUGCCGUGGAGGGCGACCUGCCGCUGCCGCUGACGGCGGCAGGGGUGCGCUUCAGCGCGCUGACGUGGAUGGGCAGGUGCUACCUGGAGGGCGCGGGCGUGCCGCGCAGCGCAGCGCAGGCGGCCGACUGCUUCCGGGCCGCGGGCAACGAGACGGAGCUGCGGGAGCUUGCGGCGCUCAAGCGUAUGUUUGAGGAGGUGGAGGUGCCCGCCUAG